AUGCGUGCGUCUACAUUUUGGUUUCCAUCCUGCAAACUGGCACAUCUCAAACAAUCCGGGGACUCAACAGGAACAACCAGAGAGCGGGCUCUCCGGCAGACACUACAGUGGGCCCACAGUAAGGUGUUUAGCAUUUUAAAGCCAGGGUCGCAGUACCAGCCUGGGAGGCGCAGGGGCGCCGCGCAGCAACAAGUGCAGGCGCAACCUCUCACCAUCAUCCGAGAUGCGGACGUGACACACUCAGGACCCCCGGAGCCAGCCGGCGGCCGCGCAGUCCCCCGGGUCGGCGUCCAGCCCACAAAGCCCCCGCGGGCUCCCGCUGGGGCCGCUCCAAAGGCUCGCAAGGGGUCCGCCUCUGCCCCGAGAGAAGACAUGUGGUGGGUGGAUGAUCCAUACGACCCUUACAAGUCCACCGAUCAUAAUCACUAUGACGUGUAUGAAGAGCCGAGGCAGAGAUCGAGAUCCGGAUAUGGCACAAGGAAUCACACCAGUCUGCCUGAUCUGGUACCUGACCCGCACUACAUUCAAUCCUCUUCUUAUGUCCAGAGAGUCCCAAUGUACAACCUGAGAUGUGCAUCUGAGGAGAACUGUUUGUCAAGCUCGGCCUAUACAGGCAGUGUGAGAGAUUAUGACACCCGCAUGCUGCUGAGGUUUCCCCAGAGAGUGAAGAACCAGGGGACAGCAGACUUCCUCCCCAGCAGGCCACGUUACACCUGGGAGUGGCACAGCUGUCACCAGCACUUCCACAGCAUGGACGAGUUCAGCCACUACGAACUGCUGGACGCCUCCACCCACCAAUCGGUGGCUGAGGGCCACAAGGCUAGCUUCUGCCUGGAGGACACUUCCUGUGACUACGGCUACUACAGGAGAUUUGCCUGCACCUCACAUAGACAGGGUCUGAGCCCAGGAUGUUAUGAUACCUACAACGCAGACAUCGACUGCCAGUGGAUCGACAUCACAGAUGUGAAGGCUGGAGACUAUAUCCUGAAGAUCAGUGUAAAUCCCAACUAUCAUGUCCCAGAGUCAGACUACAGCAACAACGUUGUGCGCUGUACUGUCCAGUACACCGGCAACUACGCCCACGUCUCAGGAUGUCACCUGUCAUCGUAUUAAGAGUCCUUCACAGCAACUCAGCGAGAUGUACUGUAAUUGACAAUGCAGAGGACUGCAUAUAAAACAACACGAAAUACAUCUUAAUAAUACAUUUUAUCAUUUUUAAAUACUCAACAUUUUUUAAAUAAGGACUAUCCUACGUCAUUGUGCCAGUAAAACGUUUUUCUCCACACUGAUAGGUCUAUUCUUAUCUCCUAUUUCUCUAAACAUGUUUAAAUGUCUUACUUAUUUUGCAUUGUACUGUAUUCUCUGCAUUUUAUACCACUUGUAAGAUCGUUAAGGAAUUAAAUCCAUGAUAUUUAGAAGCUUAGCAAGUUAAAAAUGUAAACCAGUUUACCCUUGUUGAUAAUUCAACAUGAAUUAUAUCACUAUUUUGAAAUGAACUGUAAAGGAAAAUGUAUUUGUAUAUUUAUAUGCAAUGGAUGAAACUCUCUUUACUCCAAAGCUUUUGUUGAAACUGAGUUGAAUAAAACGUUGUGACACUGUAUCGUU